AUGGUCGCCACCCGCCGGUCGACGCGGGCGCGGACUCGGGCCGCCGUCCGAGCGGCGUCGCCAACCCCGCCAGCCUCACCGGCCAAGCGCGCCAGCCGUACUACACGGCGCGGAUCGGGGAAGAAGGAUAGUGCCAAGGCGAAGAAGGGAAGCGCCAAGGCGAAGAAGGGAAGCGCCAAGGCGAAGAAGGGCAGCGCCAAGGCGAAGAAGGGCAGCGCCAAGGUGAAGAAGGGCAGCGCCAAGGCAGAGGCUAAGACCGAGGCUGUUGAAGAGUCGCGCAAGCGUGGGCGAUCGAGCCGGUCGAGCCGGUCGACGUCGAAGCGGUCGGCACGGAGUCGAGGACGCAAGUCGGAUGCAGCCGAGGGAGAGAGCGCUGGCGCUAGUGCCGGCGAGUCGGAAGAGGCAGAGCCGGUGCGGAAGCGGACAAAGCGGGCAUCGCAGGCAAAGCGAGCGACGCGGAGCUCGACAAGGUCCGGAAAGUCGCAAGCAUCGCCCGAGGCAGGAGGCGCUGCUGCAAAAGCAGCUGAGGGCACGGCGGCGCCGAAGACGCCCGGCGACGAUGGUGGGCUGUCAAAGAAGGACGCACUGCUCGCUGAGUUUGACGUGGAGGUGCAGGCGCGGGUCGAGGCGAUGCGGGCAUCGACCGACGCGCUUGUCAUGGCGAUCCGUUCUGCGCUUACAGUGGAGCUGAUGAAGAUUCCGGCCAAGGUCCGCAGCAUGUCGAUGGAGUCGUUCGAGAGCGAGUACGGCGGCUCGGUUCGAGCAGUCGCCGACGAGGGCAUAAGCGAGCUUGUGGAGAGCUUGUCGCGGCCGGUGACGACCGUCCGGUCGUCGCGGAGCGGCAAGCGGCGGCGGCUGCCGCUGCAGGAGGUCAGCGGAGCAGGGGGCGGGACCGGCGGCGCCGACGACGCCGGGCACGACUCGCCGCUUGCCUCGCGCCUGCUGGAGGUGUUCGGCAAGUCCGGUGGGCCCGGCGGGCUCAAGACGCCGGCCACAUACUCGCGCAAGAAGCGGGCGCCGCCGUCGACCGCGCGCCGGAUGCGAAUGCGCGGUGCUACCGUGUCGGCGUCGACAGCCAAGGCUCCCACGUUUGACUCGCUCAACUUGCGAACGCCGUCGGUGUUUGGCGGCUCGGUCCGGACCAAGUCGCGGACAGGAGGCCGGCGAACGACCAAGAAGACGGCGUCCAAGCCAGCGCCGGCUGCUGCUGCGGGCACUGGCGCCUACGACGACCUUGACGAGCUCGACACAACGACCCAGACCGCGACCGGGGCAGACACGUCGUCGGUCGACUCGUCAUCGAUCUCGCUGCUCGACCUCUCGACCUGCUCUUCCUCGCUCUCCAUGUCGAUGGCCUCGUCCGGCGGCCACAAGCUCACAGACUCGGCCAAGAAGCGCGCAAAAGCCAAGGCCAAGCUUGCACGUGCCAAGGCCAAGGCCCGCGCCAAGGCCAAGCUCAAGGCCAAGAUCAAGGCCAAGGCCGCCGCCAAGGCCGCCGCCAAGGCCAAGGCCGCCAAGGCCGCCGAGCAGGCUGAGGCCCGCGCCAAGGCUCUGGAGCAGCUCGGGAACAUGGAUCUCCCGCUGCAGGUCACCGACCUCAAGACCGACGCCGCCUCGCGCGAGAACGCCAUGUCCAAGCUCGCCGUUCUGCAGUCGCAGGUCUCGGCCCUCAUGUCUGUCCUCGGCACUGACUCGUAGUCUCGAUGUAACAUGUCCAUUGUAUGCUGA